AUGCGAACCGCAUAAUAUGUCCGGCCAUUUUUUUUUGUAAAGAAUGGAAAAAUGGUGACAUUAAAGGUUGAAGUUAUUAACACAAGAAAAACAUCUAUUGUUAUUUUCGAAGUCUAAUGUAGCAUUGUUCUACUUCUACGUGGAGUUGACUUCAGGCAAAGUCCCUUUAAAUACGCCUACUGAACCCCUUAUUUUGCAUUAAGAACUUGAAGAGAAAAACGAUGGGGAGAUUCAAGUUGGCAUUUUCUAUUUUCAUGCUAUUUAUUCUCCUUGUUACGUAUACUUUAGAGAUUGGAGCUAGACCACCAAAACCUUGCAAGCCUAGUGGCAAAAUUAGAGGCAAAAAACCUCCUCCAAACAAAUGCAAUACACAAAAUGACUCUGAAUGCUGCGUUGAGGGCAAGCUCUACACAACCUUCAACUGUUCACCACCAGUCACUGGCCAUACCAAGGGAUUUCUCACUCUGAAUAGCUUUGAGAAGGGAGGAGAUGGCGGUGGUCCGUCAGAAUGUGACAAGAGAUAUCAUUCCGAUGACAUACCAAUCAUAGCGCUAUCGACCGGGUGGUUCAACAAAAAAGGAAUGUGCUUUCACAAUAUCACCAUUAAAGGUAAUGGGCGUAGCGUGGUGGCUAUGGUAGUGGAUGAGUGUGACUCAACAAUGGGUUGUGAUGAUACCCAUGAUUAUCAACCCCCAUGUGAUAACAACAUUGUUGAUGCCUCGAAAGCUGUCUGGAAGGCGUUGGGUGUGCCUGAAGAUGAUUGGGGUGGUCUGGAUAUUACAUGGUCUGAUGCUUAAUCUGCAUACUUUCACGUUUGUCUUGUCCUCGUUUCUUACCAUAUAUGCAUUUUAUCUCGUAGUCAAUUAAUGUACUGUGGCAUGAAUU